CGCAGUUGCGACAAAAAAAAAGCCCAGUCGACGCCGAAAGGCGUGCUGCUUUCGCGUACUGCUCGUAAUAGACGUAUUGGUCAGUUGUACUUGACAGCGGCGGCAUCGAUCUUAAAAAAAGCGACAGCCAAAGACUUUUUGGCGACGGCAUUUGACUAAUGUUGAUGGCGUUUAGCUGUUAUGACUUUCUUGGAUUAGCAGAAGCCCCGUUGUGUCGUUUUUCGGGGCGAAUGUACUGGGGUCUUUGAACGCAACGGCAGGAGCACAUUUCCAUUUGGUUGGGCGCGGAGGACCAGCAGCCUUCAUCGCCUGCUGCUCGCCGUCAACAGGGACAGCCAAGGCGGCUACACCGGCUUCGUCUGCUCGGGCCUGCUUCCAUCAACCGAACAACUCGGGCCAUUGAGCUUCUGUUGUCUCCUUCUCCUGGCGUUUCUGCAAUUUGCCCCUGGGGGAAGGAGCUUCUCGUCGUCCGAGUGAGCCAUGGUGGAGUACUACCAGAUCUUAGGAGUACACAAAAAUGCGACGCAAGCCGACAUCAAGAAAGCGUACAGGAAGCAGGCGCUAAAAUGGCACCCGGACAAGAACCCCGAGAACAAAGAGGAGGCCGAGAAGAGGUUCAAAGAGCUGGCCGAGGCCUACGAGGUUCUCUCGGAUGAAAACAAGAGGAAUAUUUAUGACAAAUAUGGCAAACAAGGGCUGUCUGCAGGAGGUGGCGGGGGGGCAGGAGCCCACAACAAUCACUUUGGCGGCUACGGCUUCACAUUCCGAAACCCUGAGGACGUCUUCCGGGAAUUUUUUGGCGGCCGAGAUCCCUUUGCAGAUUUUUUCGGCGCCAACGACUUCAUCGGGCACACUCGCCACAGGGGGGCCACCCGAACCCGAACAGGAGGCGGCGGCGGCCUCUUCGAUUUUGGUGCCUUCUCAUUCGACUCAGGUUUUAACGCGUUUGGCGACAUGGGCGGCGGCGGGUUCACCUCCUUCUCGUCGUCGUUCGGCAGCGGAGGAGGAGGAGGUGGCGGCGGCGGAGGCAUGGCCAACUUCAAAUCGGUCUCCACUUCUACCAAAUUCAUCAACGGCAGAAAAAUCACCACCAAGCGGACGGUGGAGAACGGGCAGGAGCGCGUGGAGGUGGAGGAGGACGGCCAGCUCAAGUCGCUAACAGUAAACGACGUCUCGGCAGACGACGACGAGCAUCGCCACCGCCGACACAAUCUACUUCCUGCGGCGGGAUCGCACCACCAGCGCCACCCGAGGAGUUUGGCCCAGAACCCCGCCGCCACCGCCGUUGCCGUCGCCGACGAGGAUGACGAGGAGGAAGGAGAGUACGGGCUCACCAGAGGUCGCACGGACCCCAAGAGGAAGAAACUGUGGCUGAAGGAGUCAAGACGGAGGAGAGCGCCCCCCCCUCGGCUCUUCUUCCCCUCCUUCGGCGGCUUCGGCCCUUUUUUCUAAAAACAACGCUUUGCUUUGCUAUCAUUUCUGAUUGCGGUUACGUUUGAAAAUGUUCACCCCCGAACUUGGGCAUAAUCUCGCUUUUGCCACAUUUUGCGACGCGCCUUUGACGUUAAAAAAAAAAAAAAAAAAAAAUGUGAUUUUUGUUUGUAAAGUUGAGCCUCCCGCUGUGUAUUUGGUUUC